GUUCAUUUAUUUUUAAAACCUGCUACCUGGUACCUAGCCCCUUGUAGUUUCAAAGUGCCUGGUUAUUGUUUCGUUGUUCUUCAACAUGGGCCGGCCACAAGAUCGCAAUAAUAAGGGAUGGAGUGCCAAAAUGAAUCAACUCAAGGAGUUCCAACGUCAGCAUGGACACUGCAAAGUUCCAUUGAAAGACAGCGAUGGGAUGAUUACAGAACUUGGUAGGUUUGUAGCUUAUCAGAGAUGUCUUCAGAAGAAGCUGUCGCGUGAAAGAAAGGAUGAUCUUGAUGCCCUUGGAUUCACCUGGAAUGUGCACGAAGAAAAAUGGAAUCAAAUGUUCACUAACUUGCAAGAGUUUCACAAGGAAAAUGGGCACUGCAAUGUGGCAAUGCAAAGCUCAAGGAAAGCAGGAGAACUCCAAAACCUGAGCAAGUGGGUCUCUUAUCAACGAAGAAAUUACAGAAAGCUCUCUGAUGAGCGAAUUGGCAAGCUAGAAGAGUUAGGCUUCAUCUGGUCGGGAUAUGGCAACUCUUCCUCCUAUGCAGCAACAUCCAAAAAGAGAUUCGCGAACCAUAAGGCUCCUUCCGCCAAAAAGCGUCGUGCUGGUGAACCACACACUUCAGAACAUCAGGAGGAAGAAGUCACAUCGCAAGUCGAAAAGAAAGUGGCUUCAGAAGAUGAGGCAGUGGUGGUGGCGACUGAUCCAUCUGAAGCCUCCUUGCCUCCCCAUGAGGGAGCACCUCACGAAGUUCAAGCGAUCAAGGAGGAGGAGGAUGACAAGGAGGCGACGGUGGUGACUCGUCCAUCUAAAGUGCAAGUGUCUUCCAAUGAGAGGCCAUCUCAGCAAGCGCAAGUGACCAGGGAGGAAGAAGGUGAGGAGAAGGUGAACGUGGAUGCUCCAUCUGAGGAAGAACAAGUGCCAGUGGUAGAGAUCAAGGAAGGCGUGCAAGCUAUCAAGGAGGAGGACGACGAGGUCGUGGUAGUGGAGCAAUCUCCGGCUGAAGUUCCGCAACGAGAUGAUGGGACCGGGAUUCUGCCGAGGCUCACAAGAAUCGAGAAAACGCUGGGAUUGCCAGAGGGCAGUGAGUUUUCAAAGCAACCAACCCAUCAUCGCAUCAGUCUGUUGUCGAAAGAUCUCGGCUUGAUGUUUCCUCCGGAAGCAUCCUUGCUUGAGCGCGUGGGUGCCCUGGAAACCGCUAUCGGAAUUUGAAGGGCCCUACCGGUAUGAUUCUUGAAAUUGGACUGAGGGCAAUAUUACUUUCUCCGUAGCUUAACUAAUAGCUAGCUAUCCUCUGCUAAGUAUACUAGCGCAC